AUGGCUGCUAUACUUGCGCUUAUGCCUCAUAUGUUCGCUCCUGGUUGGCCUCAAAUUUACGCCUGGAUUGCUGGGGUCCUUCCGCCUUCCGCAUCCAUCCUCGUGAUGAUCAACAUGCCUCUCAGGGACCCUUUGUUGGACAGCAGCGGAAUCAGCGAGCCAUUCAGCGAACCCAAUGCCGCAGUCCGAAGCCCAGAGGAUAUCGUUACAAUCUGGCAAUGGAUGUCAACGUCAUGGCUCGGGCCUCUCAUCAAGAUUGGCUACCAGCGACAACUCGAGGUCCGCGACGUUUGGUUGCUUCCGUAUCAAUAUCAGCACACCAGACUCCAUCUCCUCUUCCGAGAAGUCCCCGGUACCGUCCUCGGCAGGCUGUUGAAGGCCAAUGGCGUCGAUCUCAUCAUCACUACAUGUCUCGGCAUUCUAGAGACCUGUCUCGAGCUAUCGGAGCCCAUUCUGCUCAAGCAACUCCUUUCUGCGCUGACUGCGGAGGAGCCAAACGUUCGGACCGCUACUGUUUAUGCCGGGAUUACGCUACUUAUGAGACUGAUCAAAACCCAGUCGGGCGUCUUCAGUAUUUUCUACUGCCGCCGCAAUUACGAACGGACCAGAGGCGAGCUCAUUACCAUGAUUCACGAGAAGACGCUGAGGAGGAAGGCAUUUACCAUCCCGAGCGGCGAGGACGCACCAGCUGGGCAAACCGAGCAACAACAGGGACCUCCGUCGCCUACCCCGGGCAUCUCUACCGCAACAACUCUUACUGACGACGAGUUCAGCAGCCAUGAUGGGAAUGAGACAGAUGGAGACGCGGUUUCCACCAUUUCUGAGCCGUCCAAGCUUCAGAGGCUCAAGUCGCUCGUUCGGCGAUUCAACCCACGCUCGGCACCCCGCGCAGAAGUUCCCCCGGCCUUCGUCCCAGCCUCUACUGGGAAAGUGUUCAGCCUCUUCCGAAGCGACACUUACGAAAUCUCCCAGCGUUUCUGGGACGCACCGAGUCUGACGACCAAGCCGCUCAACUUCAUCCUUUCGCUUGUUCUUCUCUGGCGAAUUCUUGGUCGCUCGUCUUUGUUCGGUAUUCUCAUCUUGAUUGCUGGCAUGCUGGUCAACUUCGGCCUAACACGACUGGCACUACGCAUCGAGCGGGCACGUCGCAAGGUCACGGAUACUAAGCUACAGCGGACCACCCAGUUUGUCGACGCCAUCCGCCACCUACGCUAUUACGACUGGCACGAUUCCUGGUUGGAAUCGAUCAUGCAAAGCCGUCAGGAGGAGUUGCAUGCCCGGAUCCAAAGCAACGUCGUUACCAAGGCCAUAGAAGUCGUCAACACGCUUUCUGCGUACCUCUUCCCCGUCGCUGGGUUCUGGGCAUACACGGUGUUGAGUGGGAAAGAGCUGACUGUUGACGUGGCUUUCCCGGCGCUCGAUCUGUUUGGGAUGCUGCAGACGAGCUUGAAGGAUCUCCCGGGACUGGUGAUGAUUUACUUGAACGCGAGCGUAGCAAUGGGGCGGGUGGAGGAGUUCAUGCUGGAGCCGGAGAAGGAGGAGAUGGAUGUCGACCUGAUGGACGCAAGCAGUGGUCCUUUGGAGGUGGGUGAAGUGCGCCCGCCAGGAGAGUUGGAGAUCAUCUUGCAAGAUGCGUCGUUUUCAUGGCCUGGCGUCCUUAAGAAGGUCCUUAGGAAUGUUUCCAUCGAAUGCCGACCCGGAUUGACGCUAGUGUGUGGCAAGGUCGGCAUCGGGAAGACGGCAUUGCUCCAAGCCAUUCUGGGAGAGUUGGACCAGCUUAGCGGCGAGCGGAUUGUCCCACAGGAGAUGAUCGGUUACUGCUCCCAGGGGCCGUGGCUGGAGAGCAUGAGCAUCCGCCAAAAUAUCCUCUUCUCGUCCUUCUACGACAAGGGCCGCUUCGAACAGGUCAUCGAUGCCUGCUGCCUCCGGGACGAUCUCAACAUGUUCAAGUGCAAGGACCUCACCCUCAUUGGCGAAAAUGGAGUCGGUCUCUCAGGUGGCCAGAAAGCCCGCGUGGCUCUUGCGAGGGCCGUCUACAGCCAAGCCCGCAUCCUCAUCCUCGACGACCCCAUUGCCGCUUUGGAUCACCACACAGCAACCGCAAUCUUGGAGAACUUAUUCGGGUCCAAGAACUCGUCACUCACGGCUGGCCGCUUGGUUAUCUUCGUCACACAUCGCGUGGACAUUGUCACCCCAUAUGCUUAUCAAGUGAUUGAGGUCAUGAAGGGAGGUCGGGUGGAGAGCUUUGACAAGAAAGAGCUAGAGAACAACGAGGAGGAACUCGAGCAUCUUGCCAAAAUUGCCAGCGCUGCCGCUCCAGCCGAAGAGGGUACCACGACUACCGAAGACGAGGCAACGCCCGACAACUUUAUCGAAGACGAACACCGCGUUCACGGAGGAGUUAUGGCCUCGGUCUAUUGGCAGUAUGUCAAGGCUGGCAGGCUCGGCUGGUGGGCUACCAUGAUUGGCUUCUUUACUCUCUACCGCAUCAUCAGGGUUGGGUAUUUCUGGUUUCUCAAGGAAUGGGGCGAGCGGUACCAAAAGAAGCCGGUAGGCGUCAACAGCGUUUAUCUCAGCGGCUUGAUCGGGGGCGUGGAGGACCGGCAAAAUGUCCUCAGCAGCUCUCAGAAUGCUUUCGGUGCAUACGGGGAUGCACCUUCAAACGGCACUUGGCCGGAUCUCGGGCAGUAUCUCCCUUCGCCAAGCGAGAACGUGAGCCCCUGGCUCAUCGGAUUCCUUAUCCUCUCUAUGCUCCAGGUCAUCACCCAGACCUUUUCCGACGCGGCACUUGUCGUCAUCAUCUACAAGGCCGGCAAGAACCUCUUCGAGAGGGCCAUGCACCGAGUCACCAACGCCACCUUCCGGUUCUACGACGUCACUCCCGUCGGACGCCUCAUGAAUAGGCUGACAUCGGAUAUGGGAACCGUUGAUGGUCAGAUCGCGAGCCAGCUGAUGUCCGUCACCUUCUACUCGCUGGGCUGGUUGUCGUCCAUCUUUGUCAUUGGCUCGACCACGCCAUCGUUCCUGGUCAUCAGCCUGGUCAUGACGGGGCUUUUCAUUGCCAUCUUCAACCGCUUUUUGCCCACAUCACAAUCGUUGCGCCGUCUUGAGACCGUGUCGCUCUCGCCGCUGUUCUCCAACUUUGGUACCCUCAUCGAAGGCUUGACUACAAACCGUGUUAUCAAGAGCACCGAUGCUUUCCAGAACAUGGACCACAUGUACUGGUGCCUGCAGAACUGGUUGCAAUUCCGGUUUGACUUGCUUUCGGCUAUCAGCACGUUUGUCUUGACGAUUACCGCCAUUCUUUCGGGUCUUUCGAGUGGUACCGUGGGGUUUGUGCUCGCGUCCGCCUCCAACUUUGUCUCGUCGACGCACAAUCUUUGCCGUCGCUACGGCGAGAUGCAAAUGCAGUUUGUUAGCGUGGAGCGUGUAGUUGAGCUGCUCGAUCUUGAUCAGGAACCCGAAGGCACUGUUCGCCCGCCUGCUUCAUGGCCUCAUUAUGGUGAUGACAUCGUCUUCGAUAACGCGACAAUACGGUAUGCACCGACCUUUGAGCCGGUCCUGAAGAACCUUAGCUUCACGAUCCCAGGGGGCGCCAAUGUGGCCGUGACGGGCCGCACAGGGUCUGGCAAGAGCACACUCGCCCUUACUCUGCUUGGCACGCUGCACCCAGAAGAUGUCGACGGCAGCGCCCAGGGGAGCAUUCGAAUUGGCGGAGUUGACCUCUCCACGGUCGACAAGCACGCCCUCCGUCGCAACAUCACCUUUGUCCCACAAGACCCGGUUCUCUUCCCCGGCACGCUGCGCGACAACCUCGACCCGCUCGGGUCGCGCGACGAACGCGAGCUCGCCGACGUAUUAGAGCGUGUGCUAAACGGCAACACAGGAAGUGGUAACAGCACCUCCGGCUUCACGCUCGACAGCUGUGUCGACGGAGGGGGCAAGAACCUAUCACAAGGCCAGCGACAACUGGUCGGACUCGGACGCGCGAUCCUGCGUCGCAGCCCCGUCGUGAUCAUGGACGAGGCGACCGCGUCGAUUGACGCGGAGACCGCCGCGUAUAUCCAGCGGCUGCUACGCGAGGAACUGCGAUAUAGCACGGUAAUUACGAUUGCGCACAAGGCGGAGGCGGUGCAGGACUCGGAUUUCGAGGUGGUCUUGGAUCAGGGGCGCGUGGUGAGGGCUGGGCCCAGGGGGAAGAGACUCGUUGAGGCAAGGUUGGCACGGUAA